GUUUCCCUAGCAACCCUACACCAUGGCUUUGAAAGAAAGCUGUUGCUGACUUUGCAACGCCCCUCAGCACUCUGCACGUGUUCCUUCGGCCCAGGAACCACAGCCGGAGUUCAUAAGUGGCAUUGCACGGCCCUCCUUCCGAACCCAGCUACAGGCGAUCACCCUACCUUACCGAGACACAACGACCUCCAUUUCGCAGCAGCGCGGCUUCGUUUCUGAGCAUGCGCUGACGUCCGCGGUCUGAACAUGCGCAUUGGUCGACCAAAAUUGAGGACGAGACCUCAUUCCGCCGUGUAGGGCGGUGCGAUUCUCCACAUCGUCGCUUAAAAUGCUGCCUGGCCUGCUGAGUUCCUCCAGCAUUUUGUGUGCGUUGCCCUGGAUUUCCAGCAUCUGCAGAACCUCUUGUAAGCCUCAGGCGAGGGCUGUUCUCCCUCGAGCUCGGGAGGCUGAGGGGUGACCUCGGAGAGGGGAUUGGAAAGGCGAGCUCGGUUGACAGAGGUGCUCGACGUCGAGGCUGAGCCAUUGCGCGAGGGGGGCGGCCGAAGCCGGCGGCUGAGAAGGGAAGCCGGCCUCCGAGGAUGGACGAGGACGGUGGCGGGGGCAAGAAGGCCGCCGCGGAGCCGGUGCUGAAUCCGGGCGCCGGGCCGCGAGCCCAUCCGGCGAGAGACAAGGGCACCCAGACGGCCGUCGAGAAGCCCUUCAAGUGCGGGGACUGCGGCAAGGGCUUCGGCACCCAGUCCGAGCUGGACAGCCACCGGCGCUGCCACACCGGCGAGCGCCCAUUUGCCUGCGUGGUCUGCGGCAAGGGCUUCAGCCGCUCCUCCGACCUGCGGGUGCACCAGAGGGUGCACACGGGCGAGCGGCCCUUCACCUGCCCCGUCUGCGACAAGAGCUUCACCCGUUCCUCGCACCUGCUCACCCACCAGCGCGUGCACACCGGCGAGCGGCCCUACAGCUGCUCUGUCUGCGGCAAGGGCUUCACCCAGCUCUCCAACCGGUUGCGGCACCAGCGCCUGCACACCGGCGAGCGGCCCUUCUCCUGCCCCGUCUGCCGCAAGGGCUUCACUGACUCCUCCACGCUACUGCGGCACCGCCGCCUCCACACCGAGGAGCGGCCCUUCGUCUGCUCCGUCUGCGGCAAGGGCUUCACCCGCUCGCCGCACCUGCUCACCCACCAGCGCGUGCACACCGGCGAGCGGCCCUUCGCCUGCUCCAUCUGCGGCCGCAAGUUCACCCAGUCCUCCCACCUGCUCACCCACCAGCACAGCCACAGCGGCGAGCGCCCCUUCCGCUGCUCCAUCUGCGGCCGCGGCUUCGCUCAGCUCUCGCUGCUGCUGGCCCACCAGCACGUGCACGCCGAGAACAACCCCGUCCGCUACCCGGAGGAGGAGGAGGAGGAGGAGCGGCGGCGGCAGCAGGAGGGCGAGGGCGCGGCGGCCGGGGAGGAGGCGGUCGCCGGGGAGGACCCGGUUCCCGGGGAGGGUCUGGACCCCGGCGCCGCGCCGCCCCUCAUCUCCCCCUCUGCCCCCGCCUCCCUGCUGCUGACAGGCCGCCCGUCCCGCGCCGGUGAGCGGCCCUUCAAGUGCUCGGUGUGCGCCAAGGCCUUCACCUGCCUGUCACACCUGCUGAGGCACCUGCGGGUGCACAGUGGCGAGCGGCCCUUCCAGUGCUCUGUCUGCGAGAAGGGCUUCACCCAGUCCUCCUCGCUGCUCACCCACCAGCGCAUCCACACUGGGGAGCGCCCCUUCUCCUGCUCCGAGUGCGGCAAGGGUUUCUCUCGCUCCUCCCACCUGCUGCGGCACCAGAGGGUCCACGUCUGAAGGGGCAGGAGGGGAGGGGAGGGGAGAGAUUGGGCCCCCCCCCCAACCGUCUUUCCUCCAGUCUGCUCGUCUGUCUGUGCUUCUGAUCAUCUGUGUCCAACCAAACCGCCUGGGUUUGUUUUAAUCCAUCCCCCCCCCCGCCCCCCACGCUUUUGAAUUCCCUUUUGGCCUCAGAGCCUGGAUGGUAAUAUUGGGGUGGGGUCUGGCUGAGGGAGAAAUCGAGGGUGGGGAGUGUUCUGCCAAGAUGCCCACUGCACUGCUCCAGACAUCCAGAUUCGGUCCUGGCACCCCCGUGCAGUCCGGGUGGUGUUGGCAUAUUGACCAAGUGGGACUUCCCCCAGGGAUUCGACCUUUCUUCCACGUCCCAGCAGUUGCUCGGUUACCCCCGUCACAAAUUCCCUCCGCAGCGUAGCCGAGGAGGAUGGUCCGGGUGAGGGUUGUGUGGGAAUUAAUUAGCCUAGGAUUAGCUUCUGUGGGUGAUUGGCGGUCAGUAUGGACUCACUGGGCCUAAGGAGUUUCUCGGCCCUCUUUCCGUCCCCAUUUCCUCCUUUCUCCCUGGUUCCCCUGCCCUCUGCUUCCCCUGACUCGAUCCCUGCCUCCCUUUGUCAUCAUCUUGCCCUCCUCCUCUUGCCCCACCCAUCCCUGUCCCAUCCCAUUCCUCCCUCUGCCAGCCCCCCUCACUCCAUCCCGCUCUUACCAUCACCUCCCUCACCAGAGAGCCUGUGGGGUGAUGGCGGACCAUGGUGAGUUUUGGCCUAAAAGAGAAAGGUUGGAGCACAGAUAGCGGGUGAACGGUGGUGGGGGGCAUGUUGGUAUUAGAUUUGUGGAGCAUUCUGUACUUUUCUGUGACAGUCAGCGUGUUCCACUCCCAGCCCUGUACCCCACUCCUUUGGGCCUGGUUUCCCCUUUCCAGUGCGUUCUGGGUGAGAGGGUGUGCACUCACCCCCUCCACCUCUGGGGCGCGAGUUGGGUGAUCACUGCGGCCAGAGCUGGCGUGUGUGUCAAAACGGGUGAUUGCUAACAUUGGUGUUGGGCAAAUCUGAAAGAACUAGGGGAGAAUGAGGAAGUUGAACCCCUCUCAGGCUCUCUGUCGGGGAUUCUCCGUGAACGAGGUCCAGUUCAGACGCACUGAAUUUUGACCCACAGUCACUUGAUUUACAGAAGGCGGAACUUUUUCCCAAAGACGUUUUCUUCGGCAAAAUCCUGCUGGAUGACAGAGGAAGUUCAUCAGAGUCAGAAUCAGGUUUAUUAUCACUGGCAUGUGUCGUGAAAUUCAUUCCAGGCAUUUUGGUGCGUUGUGCUCUCGAGUCAGGCAGGGGAAGGGCAAAUCAUUUUUUUCUGCAGUGAGGACUAUGUUGGUGGAGUGAAGGCCUGUGUGCCUCCACAGAGUCAAAGGGGGAUACUUGUGAGUUGAGGAAGUUCCUGUGGGGUCUCUUUCGAGCAGGUGGGAAGGUUGAUGUGGGGUUGGUUUCAUCCACCAACAGGGGAGGGUGGAUUGGUGUCUGUGGCCUGGGCACAGGAGGCGGCCACUGGGGUGUCAGUGACCCUGGUGUCAGGUUUCACUCGGAGGUUAUCUGACAGCCAGCGUUUUGGAUAUCAUUGCGGUAGGGUGCAAAUCCUAGGUAGAUCGGGGCUUUCAGUAGAUUGAUUUCUAAGGAUCUCUGUAUAUUGUAGGUGAUUCUUUUUUUCUUUAUGUUAAUCUGGUGCAAUGCCUGGGAAAUGGACGGAUUGCCGGUGCAUGGGGGUGGGGUGGGGUGGAAGUGGCAGAGGGGCUGGUGCCCUCUGUAAAUCAGAGCUGAUUCCCAAUAAUCGGGCUCGCGCGGCGAAGCCGUCUCGAAUAAGCGCUUUCGAAAGCAAGGCAGCAUUGUGUUUUUUUUAAACUAAAAUACUGUGGAGGUGGAAGUCUAAGUUUUAAAGAAGCAGGAAAUAGCAGAUCAGGCAGCGUCCAUGUGGAGAGAGUUGACUUUUCAACACCACAGCCUUUCUUCGGAAGCUGCGGUGGAGAUGAGAAGGAGUGGGGAGAGGAAACGGGAUGUGGGGGACGAUGAAUUAACAAAAGGGGUGAUGGUACAACUGUGCACUGUCAUCACUUGUUUUAUUUGAAACUUCCGGCUGAUCUCCUCUCCCCUGCCACAGACUAUCCCUCCUGUUUUCUUUGCCCCCAUAUAACCCACCCUCCUUUCUUGCCAUCUCCCCACUCUGCAGCCUGAAGUGUUUGCCUCUCUUUGCUGCUGUCUGGCCCCUCGGGCAUUCCCCACACAUCCUCUGUGUGAUCUCUUCUGGUGUUUGCAUUUGCUGUUUCCCCCCCCCUCCCCUUGGGCUGAACGGUUCACACCCCUAUGGCAUCUGGCCGACCGGCGUUGAUUAACCCCCCCCCACCCUCCCUGCCCAGCACCCCACCCCUGCUGCGCCAGAGCAUGAGCCCAGCCUCGAAUGAGGGUGUGUGGGGGUUGGGGGAAGGGUUGGAAUGUAUGCUUUACUCAGCGCGGCCUUGGCGUUGACGGGCAGGCUGUUAACUGGUAAGGGGGUGGGCUUGACUCCCUCCCACUCAGGCCCAACGUUCUUGUGCGCAGACAAGCUGCUUGUAAAGAUGCAUGUUUCAGCCUGAUCCCACAACUGGAAGAACGGAGAGGAAACCUUGCUUUAUUUGUUGUUUCGGAAUAGAUGCUGUAAAAUCCACCAAGUAUUGUAAACCUAAGCUUACACUCGCUGUCUGUUUAAGCCUUGUUUCUGUUGAAGCUUACUUAUCAAUAAACUUUCUUUGUAGUUACCCAUGAUAGUGUGGUGCUUGGUGGCACUUUGGGAGGGGUGGGAGAGGUAGAUGGUCAACCUCUGCUUUAAACAUACCCGAUGACUUGACCUCCAAAGCCAUAUGUGCAAUGAAUUCCAUGGAUUCACCUCACCCUCUGGCUAAAGAAAUUCCUCUUCACCUCUGUCCUGAGGCUGUGUCCUCUGGUCCUAGACUCCCUCGGUAUCGGAAACAUCCUCUCCACGUCGCCUCUGUCGAGGCCUUUCAGUGUUCGAUACGUUUCAAUGAGAUCCCCCAUUCUUCUAAGUGCCAGAUAGUACAGGUCCAGAGCCAUCAAACACUCCUCGUUCGAUAACCCUUUUAUUCCCGGUAUAAUACAUGUGACCUUUCUCUGGAUGCUCUCCAUUGCCAGCACAUCCUUUCUGAGAUAAAACAGUCCAGAUAUGCUCACAAUACCCCACAUACAGUCUGGCCAGUGCCUUACUACACCUCCUUUAUAUUCUAGUCCUUUUGCGACGAAUGCUGUCAUUGUAUUUGCCUUCCUUACCACUGACUCAACCUGCAACCUGUCAAUAUGAUUUCAGGUGUAUUCUUUAAAAAAGAGGUUAACCGAUUGAGUGGCUGUCCAUCAUAUCUGAUCAUGACAGUUAAAGAUUUGUGCAGUUAUUCUGUGCUGCACGAGGAAAGCUGUGCGGGAAAGUGUUCCGGGGAAAAGCUGUUGCACUGGGGUGGAAACUGAGCUGGAGCCAGGUCGUAUGCUUUCUGUAUCUUUUGCCUGAUGAGAAAAGGGGAGAAGACAGACAGUCUGGGAUGGGUGGAGGGACUUCGAUUAUGUUACUGAAGCAGUCAGAAAUAUAGACGGAGCCCAAGGAGGGGAGGCUGGUUUCCAUGCUGUGCAGAGCUGUGUCCACUAUAUGAUGCUGCAUUCAGGUGUGUGGAAAUACUAGGCAGGGCAGGAGUGGGCUGGAACUGCAGGCAGGGGGCCCCUUGUGUUCUGUGCACUGGGACAACUGCAGCAUCUGCAGGAAAGUUGAACCUGCAGUUUAUGACCUUCUGCACACACGUGAAUGCACCAGUGCAUGAAAGAGAUUUGCAUCAGUGUCACAGGCAUGUAGCGUCACAUAAACAGCAUUCACAAAAACAUAAAUUACACACAUUUUUCAGAAGGAAAUAGAACCAACUAAAAUGAGGUCCAGUCUGGGGCAAGGUGGCCGUGGUGUUGCUAUUCUGAUGAGGUGGUUAGGGAUGCCUCGUCAGUUCAAGAAUGGAAUGGUUGAAAAGAAGUAGCUGUUCUUGAAUUGAGGUGUGGGACUUUGGGCUUCUGUACCUCUGGCGUGAGUGGAGGGGAUCCCAUGCAAUGUUUGAUCCUUAACUGCAUUUCUGAGCAUAGCUUCAACUUACAGGGUUCAGAUCAGAGGCAUUGGUCCCCCCCCCCAUCACUCCUCCGAUAAUUGUAUUUUGUCAUCUCCAUUUAAUCCUCCCCUCAACCCAUGAUCCAAAUGCCAAGAGCUCUCAAUGAAGCCAGUGUCAUACUUGAAAAUCAUGCCAGAGGCAGUCUCCCAUGCUCCAGUGACCCAGGUUUGAUCUGCUUCUGUCUGUGUGCAAUGUGUGCACCCCUUGAGCCUGCAUGGGUUUCCACACUCAUCCCAAAGCUACGUGGAUCAGUCUCUGUGCUGUAUAAGUAGCUGUGGAAGGAUGGGGACAAGGUGUGGGGAAGCAUGGACAUGUAAGAACUGGGGCUGGGUGGAACGAUCCAAGAGCUGAUGUAGACUUGAUUUUCCCUCUGUGUGGCAAGAAAUAUGACACGGAUGUUGAAAUCAACUGAACGAGAAUGACAGUGCUAAUGCUGGACAGGUCAGUCGGCAACUGUGGAGAGCGAAGUACGUGUCAAUGACUUUUCAUCAGAGAUGGGACAGGCUGGAGGUGAAACGUCUUUGAUGAAGGAGGGAGGAGAGGGAAGGUAUUUCUGAUCCCAUUCAGAGGAAGGGGGUGAACAAGAGGCAAAUGGAACAAAGGGGCGGGGGAGCGGCAAUCCUCAAAGUGAAGCGACAGUCAACAAAGCUGAAAUCCAAAAAAAGAAUACACUGCAUCUGCUGGAAGUUAGAAACCUGGAAAUACCCAGUAGGUCAAUCACACCUGUAGGGAGAGUUUCUAGUCAAUGACCUUUUGUCAGAACUGGGGAAAGGUGGAGGUAGAACAAGUAUUAAGAUACAGAAAAGGCGGGGGGGGGUGAAGAGAAUGAAAGUGAUUUUCAACAGAAAAGGAAAAAAAUGUGGGCAGAGCCAAAAUCUAAGUGCAAAAGCAAUGUUGGUGAAUAAACAUUAACCUGAGAGCAAAACUGUACAGAUACUGGAAACAGUAAAUGUUGGAACUAAAAGGUCCAGGCUAAUGGAGGUGGUGCGGGAAUGGGUAAGUCAGCCAUCGUUGUACUGGGAUUAAAGGGCUGGUUGAGCUCUCUCUGCUUCUGCUGUUGACUGAUAACCUCUAGCAGGAAGAAGGAAACCACAAUCAGGAAUAUGAAUGCAGACAGUGGGGGUGGGGCGACUCACCCAAUCCCAAAAGCCAAGGAGUGGUGGGAACAAUGGCCAGGAAUGCUGGUGGGAAGGGGGUGAAGGGGCGCCUGGUGGUGAGUGUGCAGAACGUGGCCAGAGAGCAGUGGGAGAAGAUUUCACAGGAAUCCCGUCGGGCAGAGGAAUUUCAAAGUGGGCGCGUGGUGAAGUGAGAAUGGAGAUACCGAGUGGACAAGAUGGGGCAAAGCUGCAGCCUCCAUUGAGUUUGUGUGUCAGACCUAGUUGUUUUAUACAUGUGCUUAGGGCUCUUGGGGAUGGUUUGUGGGUGGAGAGAGGAGAUAGGGUUUGGGUACAGGAAUGGAGGGAAUUAGAAGACAGGCCGGAAUCUAAGCCUCUGGUCUGCAUUCAAAGGCCAGCAGUGAGGGUGUAGGUGAAGAUGAUGAUCUGCCCUGGGGUUAGAAGACUGGAUGGGUGGGGGAGGGGGAUAGAGCUUGUCUUGCUCUUGUUGCUUGGUGCGUUCCAGUUUGUUGUGUUCCCUGUUGCCCUGCCAGGCAUUGUGGGCACGAUAUGUUGGCACCGGCGUGUGUGGGCUGCCACAAAUACAUCUUUGGGUAUGUUGGUUGUUACCACAGACAUGUUUCACUGUAUGCAAAUGUACACCUGAUAAUAAAUCUGUUUCCAAGAUGCUGCAGAUGCUGGAACCUGAGUGAGAUGCUAACUGGUGGAGCAGCUUACCGACUCGGGUGGCAUUUCCUACCCCAUCUCUUCUCUCUCUCCGGCCCCAACCACUGCCUCCCUUUCCCCUCCUCCACCCUCUGCAUCAGCCCAUCAUCCACACACUCUUCCCACUGGUUCGCCUCCCCUUAGCCAUGCUCCACAUUCCUCGGCCUUCUGCCUCUCUCGUCCCAGCAUCAGAGAUCAUUCCCACUCUCCCCUCCCUCACCUGGACCCACAUGUCUCCUGACUAUCUCCCCUCUUCCUUUCCAUCCCUGAUGAAGGGUCUCCACCUAAACAUUGACUGCCCACUUCCCUCCAUCGACACUGCCUGACCUGCUGAGUUCCUCCACAGCUUUGUGCGUUGCUGGAAUUUCCAGCAAGCUCGGUCUCUGUUGCGUCUCCAGGCAGCAUCUGUGGUGGCACUGAGGUUGUUUAAAAUACAGGUGGGAUCUAUGGGCUUCACCAAGUUUGGUAAAUGUAUUAUCAAAGUACAUGUUGUAAAUGUCACCCAUAUACUUACUGUCUUGCAGGCAUUUACAAGUGGGGGGAGGGGACUGUAAAGACCGACAAACCUCCAAUGUGUAAAAGA